CGUAGAAGAAGGAAGAACAUGUGAUACGCGCAAACUGGAAGCAAGAUGGCGGUGGUAGUGCGGAGCUUGCAAGACCAGCUCGAAAAAGCCAAGGAAAGCUUGAAAAAUGUGGACGAUAAUAUUCGCAAAUUAACCGGACGUGAUCCCAAUGAAUCGAGGCCGGGCCAGAUCCGUCGGCUCGGCGGCCCCAUGGCAGGCGUCGGAGGAGGAGGAGGUAGAGGCAGAGGAGUCAACCUGCUCAGGCGCAGUCUCUCAGAAAUAGGAAGCGGCGGCCCUCCUGCCAAGCAGAGGGACAUCGAAGGAGCCCUGCUGAGGCUGGCGGGGGACCAGAGGGCCAGGAGAGAUUUGCGCCACGACAGCGACGCCGAGGAUGACGAUGAUGUCAAAAAGCCGGCGUUGCAGUCGUCUGUAGUAGCUACCUCCAAGGAGCGAACACGCCGAGACCUCAUUCAAGAUCAGACCAUGGAUGAGAGGGGCAAACAGAGGAAUCGGCGUAUGUUUGGCCUCUUGAUGGGGACCUUGCAAAAGUUCAAACAGGAGUCAAACGUCUCUACAGAGAAGCAAAAGAGGCGCACAGAGAUCGAGCAGAAGCUCGAGGUUCAGGCUGAAACAGAGAAAAAAAAGGUGGAGAAUGAAAAGAAGGAGCUGUUUGAAGAGAGGAGAGCCAAACAGACUGAGCUGAGACUACUGGAGCAGAAGGUCGAACUAGCUCAGCUGCAAGACGAGUGGACCAGCCACAACAAUCGUCUGGUGAAAUACAUUCGCACUAAGACGAAGCCUCACAUAUUCUAUUCCCCUGGGAAAAUGUGCUCCGCAACACAGAAACUCCUCGAUGACUCCACCAAGAAACUAAAUGUUGUGUUUGAGGAGAGGCGUGAGGCUUUUGCCGAACACCUCAUUAAGAUGGAAUCGCGCCCCCGGCGACAGCCAAACCGUGACCAGGACGGCAACACUGCGGCAACAGGGAUGGACCACCCAACGGAGGGUAAGCCAGCAGGUCAGGUAGUCAAGGUUACAGGUAACAAGGGAGAUGCAGAGAUGGAGGAAGAGGAGGAAGAUGAUGAGGAGGAGGAUAGGGGAAAGGAGAGGGAUAGAAAGGUGAUGGAGAAGGAUGAGGGGGAGGAGAGAGAGGAAGAGGAGAUGGAUGGGUUGAAAAAGGCAGCUGAAGAGGGAGAGAGGAUGGAGUUAAGUGAGGUGGUUAACAGGGAGACAGAGAAGGAGGAAGAAGAGGAGGGAGUUAAUGGUAGCGGGGAGCAGAGGGAAAUGGGAAUCAAGGAGAAAAGUCCAGGGUCAGAGGAGAUGGAGGUUGAGGGCAAGCAGGGGGAUAGGAGGAAGGAAGAGAAGGUAAAAACAGACAGUAAACAAGAGCCCACAGACUCCCAGAAUGAAAAGACCCUAGACACCCAGUCCUUUGAACCAACUAAAGCCAGCCAGGAGGCACCAGACACCAGUCAGCAGCCCCAGCCCAGCCCCUCUGCAGAGGAGCCAGCAGAACAGCCCUCUGAGACCACUGGGGCCUCGCCUGCCCCUAAACCCCAAGCAGCCUCUGCCAUAGUUGGGCAAGUAAUGAUCACCCCUUGCUUAGAGGUCCAGGACUCAGCAGCUGAGAACCAGGCUGCAGAAGGGAAAUCACAGCUGAAAGCCCCACAAGCACAGCUCGAUUCCCAGGAGGCUCCAAGCACCACCAGCCCUGCACCCCCCAAGGAGAAAGACAGCAGCGGGAGAGGAAGGAAGAAGGAAAAGGAGUCGAAGAAGGGUCACAGCAAAAGCUCCUCCUCUUCCUCCUCCGGCUCAUCCUCCAGUGGAAGCUCCUCAUCUUCUUCUGGAUCCAGCCGCUCUUCAUCGUCCUCCUCGUCAUCUUCGUCCUCCUCGUCCAACAGCAGCAGUCGCAGCCGAGACGGUGGUAAGCGCAAGAGGCGGCCAUCGGACAGAGGCGGGGACAGGAAAAAAGGAGAAGACAGGAGUCACCGUAAGCGAGGAGGGAGCAGCGGAGGUGGAAGAGACUCGAAGGCAUCGAAAGAGAGGAGAAAGAGGAGGAGUGAUGAGGGGAGGGGCAGGUCGUCCCGGAGUGAAAGGGAGCAUAAAGAUAGAGACAGGAAGGAAAAGAGACGCUAAUCUAGUACUCAUUCAGCCUCUGUGCAGUGACACAGGAAAUUAAAGCUCCAGUGAUUUCAUGCCAUGAGAUGAUGGAAGUUUUAAACUGUUUAUUAUAAUUUCACUUUUUUCACAUAAAGGCCCAGUGGUAGUUUUAAAGCAAGUCGAUUUAAACCAAACUGAAACAUGGAUGACUGCUUAUUAUUUUCUUCCAAUCGUAAAUUCGCCUUUUUAGUCACGGUGGUGCAUCUGGCAGGGCUGCUCCUCGCGCUGUCUCUAAUUGGGCUCCUGGCGACAUAGAUUUGAGGUAGGACAGGCGCAGUUUUAGUCGUGUCAUUUUAAAUCCGGAUGAUUUGUUCUCUUGGUCUGACUGGGUUUUUUACGGAGGUCUUUUUUGGCGCCACAGUGACCAGAUGCUUUUUGAACGUUUUCCCUUUUUGUUCAUCUUAAUCCUCAUGCCAUAGGCCGGGGUAUCAGUGGUUAUGCUAGCAGUGAUCAGUAGUUGUGUUUUUCAAGUUAAUGUGAAAACACUGUUAAUCCCCAUUUGUCUCCACUGUUUGAUCGAUGUCAUGGCCGUCGUAUCCUCAUCACAUGGGUACACGUGUGAUCUGCUUAAAUACUGUUUUUGAAUCUGUUUCUCCAUGUUUAGUUUUUUUUGUACCAACUGAUGAAACGCUUCUAAUUAAAGUUGAGAUAUUCGUGGGAA